AUGGCUCGAACCAAACAAACCGCUAGAAAAUCCACCGGUGGUAAAGCUCCCCGAAAACAACUCGCCACCAAGGCCGCUAGAAAGCAAGCCCCUUCUCAAGUUUCCGGAGGAGUCAAGAAACCUCACAGAUACAGACCUGGUACCGUCGCUCUUAGAGAAAUCAGAAGAUACCAAAAGUCCACUGAACUCUUGAUCAGAAAACUCCCUUUCCAAAGACUUGUUAGAGAGAUUGCUCAAGAUUUUAAGACUGAUCUUCGAUUCCAAUCUUCUGCUAUCGGUGCUCUCCAAGAAGCUUCCGAGGCUUACCUCGUCUCCCUUUUCGAAGACACUAACCUCGCUGCCAUCCACGCCAAACGAGUAACCAUACAACCCAAGGAUCUUCAACUCGCCCGAAGACUCCGAGGAGAGAGAUCUUAA